UCCCAUUUCAAAAUCGUUGAAAAAGUGCAGCAGAAAGAACAAGCGUAAAUAAAAUCGCAGCUAACCAAAAAAUAAUAAUUAUAUAGUUUAUUGGCGAUUAGAUUAAAAUAAAAGAGCACCCUCCAAAGCAGCAAGAAAAAGUAAAAUAAUCCAAAAUGCAGAUCUUUGUGAAGACCUUGACUGGAAAAACCAUUACCCUGGAGGUUGAGCCCUCCGAUACGAUCGAGAAUGUGAAAGCCAAAAUUCAGGACAAGGAGGGAAUUCCUCCAGAUCAGCAGCGUCUGAUCUUCGCCGGCAAGCAGCUUGAGGACGGUCGUACUUUGUCCGACUACAACAUCCAGAAGGAGUCAACCCUCCACUUGGUCUUGCGUCUCCGUGGUGGUAUGCAGAUCUUCGUGAAGACCCUCACCGGAAAGACCAUCACUCUGGAGGUGGAGCCAUCGGACACCAUCGAGAAUGUGAAGGCCAAGAUUCAAGAUAAGGAGGGAAUUCCUCCAGAUCAGCAGCGUCUGAUUUUCGCCGGCAAGCAGCUUGAGGACGGUCGUACUUUGUCCGACUACAACAUCCAAAAGGAAUCAACCCUCCACUUGGUCUUGCGUCUCCGUGGUGGCAUGCAGAUCUUCGUGAAGACCCUGACCGGAAAGACCAUCACUCUGGAGGUGGAGCCAUCGGACACCAUCGAGAAUGUGAAAGCCAAAAUUCAGGACAAGGAGGGAAUUCCUCCAGAUCAGCAGCGUCUGAUCUUCGCCGGCAAGCAGCUUGAGGACGGUCGUACUUUGUCCGACUACAACAUCCAGAAGGAGUCAACCCUCCACUUGGUCUUGCGUCUCCGUGGUGGUAUGCAGAUCUUCGUGAAGACCCUCACCGGAAAGACCAUCACUCUGGAGGUGGAGCCAUCGGACACCAUCGAGAAUGUGAAGGCCAAGAUUCAAGAUAAGGAGGGAAUUCCUCCAGAUCAGCAGCGUCUGAUCUUCGCCGGCAAGCAGCUUGAGGACGGUCGUACUUUGUCCGACUACAACAUCCAGAAGGAAUCAACCCUCCACUUGGUCUUGCGUCUCCGUGGUGGCAUGCAGAUCUUCGUGAAGACCCUGACUGGAAAGACCAUCACUCUGGAGGUGGAGCCAUCGGACACUAUCGAGAAUGUAAAGGCCAAAAUCCAGGACAAGGAGGGAAUUCCUCCAGAUCAGCAGCGUCUGAUCUUCGCCGGCAAGCAGCUUGAAGAUGGGCGCACUCUGUCUGAUUACAAUAUCCAGAAGGAGUCUACUUUGCAUUUGGUGCUCCGUCUGCGCGGAGGAAUGCAGAUCUUCGUGAAGACCCUGACCGGAAAGACCAUCACUCUGGAGGUGGAGCCAUCGGACACCAUCGAGAAUGUGAAGGCCAAGAUUCAAGAUAAGGAGGGAAUUCCUCCAGAUCAGCAGCGUCUGAUCUUCGCCGGCAAGCAGCUUGAAGAUGGACGCACUUUGUCCGAUUACAACAUCCAGAAGGAGUCAACCCUCCACUUGGUCUUGCGUCUCCGUGGUGGCAUGCAGAUCUUCGUGAAGACCCUCACCGGAAAGACCAUCACUCUGGAGGUGGAGCCAUCGGACACUAUUGAGAACGUAAAGGCCAAAAUCCAGGACAAGGAGGGAAUCCCUCCAGAUCAGCAGCGUCUGAUCUUUGCCGGCAAGCAGCUUGAAGAUGGACGCACUCUGUCUGAUUACAAUAUCCAGAAGGAGUCUACUUUGCAUUUGGUGCUCCGUCUGCGCGGAGGAAUGCAGAUCUUCGUGAAGACCCUCACCGGAAAGACCAUCACUCUGGAGGUGGAGCCAUCGGACACUAUUGAGAACGUAAAGGCCAAAAUCCAGGACAAGGAGGGAAUCCCUCCAGAUCAGCAGCGUUUGAUUUUCGCCGGCAAGCAACUGGAGGACGGACGCACUUUGUCCGAUUACAACAUCCAGAAGGAAUCGACCCUCCACUUGGUCUUGCGUCUCCGUGGUGGCAUGCAGAUCUUCGUGAAGACCCUCACCGGAAAGACCAUCACUCUGGAGGUGGAGCCAUCGGACACCAUCGAGAAUGUGAAGGCCAAAAUCCAGGACAAGGAGGGAAUUCCUCCAGAUCAGCAGCGUCUGAUCUUCGCCGGCAAGCAGCUUGAAGAUGGACGCACUUUGUCCGAUUACAACAUCCAGAAGGAGUCAACCCUCCACUUGGUCUUGCGUCUCCGUGGUGGCAUGCAGAUCUUCGUGAAGACCCUUACCGGAAAAACCAUCACUCUGGAGGUAGAGCCGUCGGACACUAUUGAGAACGUGAAGGCCAAAAUCCAGGACAAGGAGGGAAUCCCUCCAGAUCAGCAGCGUUUGAUUUUCGCCGGCAAGCAACUGGAGGACGGUCGCACUUUGUCCGAUUACAACAUCCAGAAGGAGUCUACUUUGCACUUGGUGCUCCGUCUCCGCGGAGGAGUUCAGGCUUAAACUAAAUACAUUUCCAAAUAAACACGGCUCCUUAGCACUCACUUUA